AUGGCAGCCAUCACUAAAAGCAAGCGAUCUCUUGAAGAGCCCCAAGAAGAUCGCAAAGUCAAAGUUACAAAGACCGAGAAACAAUCAUCACCUACUGCCCCAACCUCGCCCGCCGACUUCACCACAAUCAUGGCUUCUCAACUAGCUCUCAUCGAAGCAUCCAGCCGCACGCCGUUCGAGAAGAGUGUAUGGACACUUCUCUGCCAGAUCCCACGGGGGAGCUUCUCAACAUACGGUAUCAUGGCUGCGCAUUUAAAGUCGUCACCAAGAGCCGUAGGGAAUGCCCUGCGACGGAAUCCAUUCGCACCAGAAGUGCCAUGCCACCGCGUUGUGGCUACUGGAGGUGCGCUGGGUGGGUUCAAGGGGAAGUGGCCUAAAGAUGGUGAGGGAAUCACUCUUGAUGAGAAGAGGAAGCUUUUGAGAGGCGAAGGAGUGAGAUGGGAUGAUAAGGGGAAGGUUAUAGGGACACCGUUUAGCGGGUUUACAUGA